ACCGCACAAGCAAACGCCACUUUCUGCACUCUCUGUCUAGAGUUCUGGUAGUGUAACUGCAAGCCUUCCCUUCCCUCUUCCUGCAUUCUCUUACCUUUCGUUCAAUAAACGGAAAACUAAAGCAUCACAGUGGCAUCCGCCUUCCGUAUAUGAGGUCGUAUAUUCUCGAAUUCUAAGUGUGCGCCUUUCAACUGUAGAGAGUUUUACAAUGCUCCAGGAAACAUGUACCAUGUAAAGUUUGGCAUUAAAACCUUUAGCAGUUUAGCCCCCUGACCCAAGGUGGAAGUUUGCAUUUGUGGCAAUACAUCGUGAUGUAUAACUUAUAUCUGAAAAGAUUCCCAUAACCAAAUUCUUUAACUUCAGAUCUGAUUAUGGAAUUUGGAAGUCAAGCUGUUUGUAAUGAUGAAGAAGAUGCUGCUAACUGUUUUGAUGGAGAUAAAGAAAAUCAUGAUCAUGGUGAAGAGGAUUUGAGAAACCUAAAUGGAAAUUCUAAUGGUAAAGAACAAGAGGGAUAUGCUAUGAAAGAAAAUGAGAAUAAUGAGCUUUGCCCGAGCAUUGGCAUGGAGUUUGAAUCCCAAGAAGAGGCAUAUGUUUUUUAUAAUCGUUAUGCAAUUGAAAUGGGAUUCAGUGCUCGUAAAAGUUCAACCCGUAAAUCUCAACGUACUGGUGAGAUUAUAGGUCGCUGUUUUUGUUGUUCGCUUCAAGGCUACCGAAAUGCCAGCUCUGUAAGAGUGGUAGAGAGGAAAAGGCUUCGACCAGAAUCAAGAACAGGUUGCAAAGCAAUGAUGUCAAUAAGAAGAAAAAAGGGAGGCCGCUGGGUUGUGAGUCAAGUUGUAAAAGAACAUAACCAUGCUCUAACAUCUCCUAGCAAAAGGCAUAAACUUCGGUCACGACGAAAAAUAAUUGAAUGGGAAGUACUUGAAAACAUGCGUUCAGAGGGAGUUGGAACAAACCUUAUCAUGAACUUUAUGGCCCUUGAAGCUAUGGGAAACUGUAAUGUUGGCUUCACUAUAAGAGAAACAAAGAAUUUCUUGAGUACAAGACGACAAAGAGAACUGCGAAAGGGAGAUGUUGCCACAAUACUUGAUUAUCUUGAGCGUCAACAGAUAAAUAAUCCUUCGUUCUUCUCUUCAAUUCAACUUGAUUCAAAUGGUCAAAUGACUAACUUCUUUUGGGCUGAUGCUAGGUCAAGGAUGGACUAUUAUUACUUUGGAGAUAUUGUAUGUAUUGAUCCAACAUAUGGAACUGAUAAGUACAGCAUUCCAUUUGUUCCGAUUAUGGGUGUGAAUCAUCAUUGCCAGACGAUUCUGUUUGGCAGUGCAUUGCUUUUUGAUGAGACAGAGGAGUCAUUUGCAUGGGUAUUAGCGACUUUGAUGAGGGCAAUGGGUGGUCAGCAGCCAAAGGUUAUUCUUACCGAUCAAAUAUCUGCUAUUGGAGGUGCAGUAGCACGAGUAAUGCCAGGCACCCGUCAUUGCUUUUGCUUAUGGAACAUAAUGCAAAAUGCCACCAAGUACAUACCUCAUGCAUUUAGUACUCGUAAUGGGUUUACUCGUGACUUUACUAGUUGCUUAUUAUACCAAGGUGAUACAGUAGAGGAGUUUGAGUCCAUCUGGAAAGAAAUGAUUGAGAGAUACAACUUAAGGGGAAAUCCCUGGGCAAUGAAGUUGUAUGGAAACCGAGAAAAGUGGGCAUCGGUUUAUGUGCGCGAUGUGUUUUGUGGACCCAUGUAUACCACUCAGUUUGGUGAAAGCAUACAUGCUUACUUUGAUGGAUAUAUGAAAAGGCAUAUGCCUUUGUAUGAAUUUGUGAAGCAACAUGAUAGAGCUGUCCUAGCUAGAAGACAGGCUGAGAAUGAUGAAGACUUUGAAACCAACCAGAAAAUGCCAACUUUGAGAGUUGGUAUGAAUAUUGAAGAAGAGGCAGCACAAAUUUAUACGAGAGAAAUAUUACAGAAAUUUCAAGAUGAGUUAAUUCAGGCUCUUAAUUACCAUCAUGAAAAAAUGGAUGAGGACCAGACAAAGUUCACUUACAGUGUCUGGAAAAAAGAGUAUGAGCAAACAAGGCACAUUGUUACAUUUGAUAGUUCUAAUAACAAUGCUAAUUGUAGUUGCCACUUGUUUGAAUUUACAGGCUACCUGUGUAGACACAUUUUAAAGAUAUUUGUAGUCAUAGAUGUUCAAAACCUUCCGUGUCAGUACAUACUAAAAAGAUGGACACGGGAUGCAAAGUUUGGGCCUGUAGUGGAUGAUCAGGCUCAGGCAAUUCAGGGCCAUUGUCGUGAUCCAGUAUCACUACGGUACUUUUUUCUUUAUCGGCUAGCAACCAAUAUUGCAGCAAAGGCUGCUGCAAACAAUGAAGUGUACAGGGUGGCAAUGAAUGGUCUGCAUACCAGUUUAAAGGAAGUUGAAGGGACACUGAAGAGGCUAUCAAUUGGUUCUGUGGAGCACAUAAAAGAAUUUGAAAGUACACAUGGUGAUAAUAUUAGUCAUGAAAGUCCAGGAAACUGUCUAGCUGAACAGGGGCCUUUGCUUGAUCCGCCCAAUGUGAAGCAUAAAGGGCGGCCAGGAAGAAAGAAGGCAUCUUUAGACAAUCAAUUGAAUAGGAAAAUUACACCUAACGAUAACAUACAAGUAAGUGAGCUUUCCAUGCAGUCGUUUGGUGUGAUAGGUGGGGAAAGUGGGAUACAACAGCCACAAGCGAAAGUGGGACAAAGUGUAGAAACAUCACUUCUAGGAACCAGUGAUCAGCCUGAGGAUUCCAUACGAACAACUAAUGUGAUGAAUUGUCAUCAGACCAGAAAUUUGGUCAAUCCAUAUAUGAUUCAGAGUGGUGGCAGUCAUACAUAUAGUCCAUGUACCACAACAAAUCUUGAACUUGAUCAGUCUAGUCAGGGUUUCAAUGUGGCUGGUGUACAACAUUCUCCACUUGUUAUGGUUGGCCAUCAACUUCACCGUUUGAGUCCAGAAUCCUCAGUUGCUGGACAGCAGAGACAACAGUUGAUAAUUUCUCGCCAUGAUGACAUAGCAUGCAAUGGAUUUUAUCCCCAGCAGCAUAGUGGUGCUUCCUUCGUUGGACAUCAUCCAUUUGGUCAGAGAACUGCACCUGCAUUUGUAUUGAAUCCACACCAACUCCAUGGCAUUAUGAAUAUUGAUCUCAACGAUCCUAGUCAGAAGGGAGAUGGAAGAUCAAUGUAAACUAUGAAUGAACCACUUAAUUGUUCCUGGUUCUAGAUGUUGAUUCCAAUCUUCACCCGCGAUGUUUUCUGGAAACUUGUUGGACUUGAUGAACAAUGGCUUCAUGUACAUGAGUACCAUUUUGCAAUAGGCAUGAAACCAAAAUUCUGCUGACGCUCUACAUCUCAUGCUUGCAAAAUAAUUCAUAUUGUGGCACAUUGAAAGCAAUGUAUCGUGCCUCUGCAUAUCAACCUUGCUAAUCCUGGAGGUUCAUGAUGUACUUUCAUGGGCAUUUUUCUUCAACGAAGCAUCAUUCUUCCCAUUAUCCUUGGGCCAAAUCUUUCAUUGUAUAGCUAUGGGGGGAGUAUUGUCAAUGCUUGACAUUUGGGUGUCAUUGAUGGUCUGUAGUUUGGUUUGUACAGGGGGUUUGUGGUGGUAUUCAGAUGAGCUUUUGGGUGAAUCCAUUUCAAUGUCUCAAUUUUUGUAUCAUAUUUGUAACAUAUUUUUGUUCAUACGAAGUAGAAGUACAUGCCUUAUUUAGCUGA